AAUUACCGAAACAGACUGGAAACCGUAUGGAAAAAAACUGAUUUGUUAAAUGUUUUGCGCGGGUAUAUGGAAAAAUGGCUAGUGAAGAAUUAUUUACUGCGGAAUUAUCUGAAGAAUUAACUGACAAACAAGAUGAUAAAGACGAAAUCUUGGAUGCUUUUGAGGAAGAGGCAGAAACCAUUGUAGAAAUAGAAGUAGGCGAAAAUGCGGAAAUUGUCGAAGUGGUUUCAGAAGAAAAGCCGAUUGCUACAACUGAGGAUGAUGUACCGGAACAGCGGCUGUUUCAAUUGCCCCAGACACGGAUUAAAAACUUGAUGAAAUUGGACCCAGACAUGAAUCUUGCUUCUGCUGAAGCCGUUUUUGUAGUUACAAGAGCUACAGAACUUUUUAUAGAGUCACUGGCGAGCGAGGCGUUCUCAUAUACAACCCAGUCGAAGAAAAAGACUGUGCAGAAACGAGAUGUAGACUUGGCUAUCUCUUCGGUGGAUAGCCUAAUGUUCCUGGAUGGCGCAAUGAAUUUCUAAUAAUACUUCGCUACUAAUGUUUGUAAAUAAUGGUAAGGUAAAUUUUGUAAAAUAAAAUGUGAAAAUGUAAACGAAAAAAUUCAUAA